AUGCAGGUUUGGGCAGACCCUACUUCUUGGCAUCGGCCAACUAGUCCGCCCCGCCCAGCCUGGCCGCUGCUCCUCGCGCGGGCCGAAACCGGUGUUCGCUCUGUUGGCCGGGACCGCGGGAUCACCGGCACCCCUGACUCCCCGCUGAUCCGCGGCGAGUCGGCACAGAACACCGUUCUGCCUUGCCAAGACCAGUACUUUGUAGGAGGCCAGAGCUGUAAUUGCCCGUAUUCCACUACAACGUCAGAAUCUAGUGUUGAUGUUUCCACGGAGACUUGGGUCUCUUUCUGGGCUACUGGUCUCCUGGACAACAAAGAGCCCCAACAAGCACCACAGGCACAGGAAUCAUCUAGUGACUCGAAUUUCCCCUUUCCUAACUCUUGUUCGUGGGAAGAGGCUCAACUUUCCUCUCAGCUCUACAGGAACAAGCAGCUCCAAGAUACUCUGGUGCAGAAGGAGGAAGAACUUGCUAGGUUACAUGAAGAGAAUAAUCACCUCAGACAAUACCUGAGUUCUGCUUUGGUUAAAUGUCUUGAAGAAAAGACCAAGAAAUUGUUGUCAUCGUAUGAGUUCUCCAAAGCAUAUGGAAAAUUCAGAAAGAGGAAGAGGAAACCCAAAGAACAAAGAUAUUUUCCUCCUGAGAUCCCCCAUCGCAAAAAUGCCAAGAGAAACCUCUCUAGUGAAUUUACUAACUGUGAAGAACAACCUGGGCCCCCUGUGGAUCCCUGGGUCCUUCAAACACUUGGGUUAAAGGACCUCAAUACCAUUGAUGACACUUCAUCAGCUAACUACAGUGCCCUCUCCUCUCAUCCCAGAAGAAUCACCAGCACAUUUACCCAGUUUCCAGAGGAUGUAAUUGAUUAUGAAAAUGCCCCCACAGAGGAUUUGCCAAUGGACUAUGGAAGUGACAUAACGAUCUCGUCUCACAGCACUGCCAGCCACAGGGACAAUUUUCACUUCCUUCCUCACUUUUCAAAUCCCCCAGGAGAGCUGCAAACUCUUCCUUACUAUACUUGUGAUGUGUCACCCAAUAAGACAGAGAUGGCAUUUUCCACAUCCCUGAGCCCUCAUUGUAAUGUGAAAACUCAUUCCUUCCACCAGGGACAAGCAUUUGUUCGUCGAGAUGAGGAAGGAGGCUGGAAGUUUACCUGGGUCCCAAAACAGUCUUAG